AUGAAGCUGCGGGUUAUUUGCAGAGGGAAAAACGAGUGUUCGUGUAUACCUUCCCCCAGCGAGAUAGUGGACCCCGCCACUCCAACCCAAACCCCACCACGAGCCGUGGUCUUGCAACCAACCCCACACCUGCCGGCCAAAAUCCCAGAGUGGAUUAGCAGAGAGAGCGAGAGCCUCCUCUUCAAUCCACAACUGUAUCCUCACCUCGCAUCUGCCAGGCCUCCAAACCCACCACCAACGACGACGACGAAAGCUCCCGAAGCGACUGAUACCUCGAGAGUCACGAGCUCAAUCGGGUACAAAACAAGAAGUGGCGAUCACAGAUAG